GUUCUCUCUCUCCCCUUCAUUGUCUCUCUGGUUCUACUUCGCACGAGUUAGGGUUUCUGGAUCUCGUUCUUAUGAUCUCCGGAUUCGUCUCUCGAGCUAUCCCGUUCAAGAUUCAUCGUCUUGUGGUUGAUCUAUACUGCUGAGGUUAUUGUGUUGAAACUGCAAUCUGAAAGCAGGAUCAGUUAUUUUUCAGUUGGUGAUACGUGGUACAUUGGCCUGGUGAUACACUAACAGAGGACUUCUUGUAUCUAUGCUGGUGGAUAGCAUGCGUGGAAUCUGUGAUUCGGGUAAUGCCCCUGACGAGAAAUUUCACCGAUGCAUUCGGUCUGUUAACAAUUUGUCUCGUGGCUUUGUUGGUUCUGCUCGGUUUGUGCUGCAUUGCUUACUCGUUUUACUUCCGCAUUCAAGUUCGUAGGCAAGCAUUUACCCAACUAAGUUAUUUUAGUGGCCCUUGGAUAAUCAGGAUCACAUUCAUAUUACUUGCAAUCUGGUGGGGUUUUGGUGAAGUUGUUCGACUCAGUUUUUUGAGAAAGGAGGGAGGAGUGUUGCAUGCCCACACUUUGCAAUGGCAGGAGACCGUCUGCAAAUGUUACAUUGUCUCAAAUUUAGGUUUUGCAGAACCUUGCCUCUUCCUCACUCUUGUGUUUCUUCUUCGUGCACCCUUACAAAAGAUGGAGAAUGGAAUUCUGAGCCAAAACUGGAAUGGGAAAACUGUACUUCGUACUCUUCUCUCCUGCCUUCCUAUUUUUCUCCUUCAACUCUUUGUUAUUUUAAUUGGGCCCCAGUUAAGCAAGGGUAAGAGUUCAGGACAUGGUUUUCCUGCAUAUUUCACGAGAGCAGCAUAUCAGUCAAUCAAUAUUACCAUCUGCACUUACCCUUUACUGAAUACUAUCCUUCUGGGCCUUUUUACCACAGUCUUGACUGUCUAUUUGUUUUGGCUUGGAAGGCGGAUUUGGAAAUUGGUUAUCAAUAAGGGUUUGCAGAAGAGAGUUUAUACUUUGAUAUUCUCAGUUUCAAGUUUCCUUCCAUUGAGGGUUCUUUUACUUGGUCUAUCUGUUUUGCCUAAAUCAGAUGAUUUAAAGUCUGAAGCUCUUACAUUCUUAGCUUUUCUUGCCUUGGUAUGCUUUGUUGGGAUCUGCAUUUGCAUGCUUGUUUACUUGCCAAUUGCGGAUUGUCUAGCCCUAGGAAGCCCACAUGACUUGGAGGCUAGGAGAAGGGUUCUUGAUGAACAGAAUGACACCAUUUCUCUCAUUGCUAACCAGAGCCAUCUUGAAGAAAGCAGUGGGAUAAGCCCUGAGAGGAACUCUGAUGCCUCUACCAAGCGAGGAUCAAUUUCUUUUCGAGCUUAUGGAAAAGAUGGGAGCUCAACUGGAACAUUGGUUGAACUAAGCCUCUUCUCUCCUAGUCGAGAUGCAACCCCACCAGGAUCACCUCCUCUUCUGGGCUGGCCAAUGCGCUAUCCGACACAAGUACAAGAACCCCAAAAGUGACUAGAUCAAGAUACUGAUUACUUGUGGUGAAUAUCUCAAUUUUGUGAUAAAGAAAACUGAUUGUAAAGAGUUUAGUUUUAAUAAGGAUUUUUAUUCUUGGUUUGUUUUCUAAUAUUAGAUUUGAAGGUUUUGCUUAUGAUCUGAAGCUCUAUUGUAACAUUCUUCUCGACAAUAUUUUUCUUCUUUGUUCCCAAGAUUAUCAUUCAUGGUCAUGUAUGACAAUA